AUGGCGCCACAGACUCGAUUCUCAACACUGCGCCGCAGUGGCCGUGCCGCCGCAUCACCCGCUAAGACCAUCACCAAGCCGACUGCCACCGCCACGGCCACCGGUAGACGUGGCCGUCCGAAGAAGAAGCCACUCCCGUCUGCCCCUGCUACCCGUCGUCCGGUCCAGAAGCCCGCAAGUUCGUUGUUCUCCGGCCAAAGCGAGCUUCAUGUAUUGAUCCGUUGCACCCAGCUCGGGAAAGGACGCCAGGACGCACAAGUCGCCGCACCCAAGGACUGCCUGUUGAAUACGGCAGACUCGAAGAUUCGCCGAGGAAACGGAAGGUCAGUGCGUUUGACCUCCCAUUGCUGCUCCAUCGCAUUGACAGGCCGGGGACAGCAAGAUCAACUUGGAACACUGCAGCCCCAGAACCCUCUCCCACCAAAUCCGAACCUAGCUCCCGAGCGUCGCAACCAACGAAGAAAGAGGCGGGGUGCGAAAGAUACUGUCGAAGCAUCGCCACAGCCCAGACAGGAGGAUAUCCAUCCAAUCAGAAGUUGGUUGCAAGGCACGCCCGAAGUCCCUCCCACAGAAGACAUCAUGGCGGGCUCUGCACGACGCAAGUCGGCCAAGGCCGUCAAUCCAGGCGACAUUCUACGCAUUCAGGCACUACAGCGCAUCCAGAAUCAAUCCCAAAAUGGAGCUACGGAACAGGAAGAAAGCGCUUCCCAGCCCAACGGAUCACGCGCAUCAGACAAACGGAGCCCAGAUUACAAGAAGAGAAGCCACCGCGAAAUGCUUGAGUAUGGAGUGGACGGCGUAUCCCUGAUCAUGGCAGAGGUCAAGCAAAACCAGUCUGAUGCCGACCUGAAAACGGAGAGCAGGACACUGUUGCAAACUCUGACCACCCACAGCCGGAAGAAGGUCUCGGACGAAGCUCCAGGCGGUAAAUUUCACCAAGACACCAUCGAGGCUCUACUCGAACGAAUGCACAUGCAAAAUGAGCGCGGUGUCGCUCAAGAAAUGUCCGCAGUUGUCUGUCCGUCGGCCGGAGCUCUGGGAGACCGCAGCUCCUCGGACAAAAAGCUAAAGGAGACUUACAGUUACUUGGUCAAUCUGUGGGAUCAGCCUUGGGAGAGGUCGGUUCUCGCACCUGUCUUCACAAAACCACCACAACCCGACUAUUGCGUGGGCUUCUCCCGAAAGGCCUUUUCACAGAGUCAACGGGAUACCCUCACCAUCAUGGCCAGUGAGAAGACGACUUUCAUGCAAGCAAACCGGAUGUACUUUCCGUUUCUUACUUGCGAGGUAAAGGCGCCAACUGAAUCCAUUGAGGUCGCAGAUAACCAAAACGGCUAUAGCAUGCUGGUUGCUGUGCGCUCUAUGGUCGACUUGUUCCGGGCCGCCAAAACCGACUUUACCGGCAGCGGUCAUAUCAUGGCCUUCUCCAUAUCCUACAAUCACGAAUGGGUGUACAUCCAUGCCUACUAUCCCAUUCUGGACGGAGAAGAAACCACCAUCUAUCGCCGAAAGGUGUAUAAAUAUAACCUUUCGCCCGAUGAGACCACUGAUACCCGUCGAUCGUGGAACUUUGUCCGGAACGUGUACGAAAUAUGGGCGCCUCGUCUUCGCGACCGCCUCCGCGACGCAAUCGAUGCGGUAGCAUUCAACAUGGUCCAUCCAAGCACACAGGCUGCCUCGGAGCCUUCGGCCCAAUCACACGUGCGACGUUCCACGGCACCCAGGGAUCCAGAUGCCAUGAGCAUUGCCACCGAUGGUGCGAGCAACGCUAGCCCCGCAACGACCAGGCGCGCUGCAUCAGAGCACGACACCGAGGGGCCAGCAGCAAAGAGACCGAGAAGAUAG